AAUUUAUAAAAAAUGAAAAAGGCAGAAUCUAGGAAUUAUAUUUAUCUUCUUCAUUACUACUAUAUAUGGAGUUUAUAUAUUCUCCACCAAACAACAUAAUUCAUAAGCUAAACUUCAUAUUUUCUCUCUCCAAAAUAAAAAAAGAAAAAGAAAAUGAUGCCUUCAACUUAUUCCCUCAUUUCAUCCAACCUUCCUAGGAGAAUGUUGUUACACUCCCCAUUUUUCCAUCACAAUCAACCAGCAACACCAACACUACCACCACCACCACCAAUGACAAUGGCUGCGCCACCACCGAGGCACGGUAGCAGUAUAGAUGCUAAUGUUGUGAUGAUCUUUUCAGUGUUAUUGUGUUUGCUAAUCUUCUCCAUAUGUAUUAACUGCUUGAUUAGGUGCAUGUUUAAGUGCCUAAUUAUGAUCACUACAACUACCCAACAGAGGAAUAAUAAUCUACUACAACAACAUAAAGAGGUUGUUACUAGUGGUGUUGAUAAAAGGGCAUUAAAGACAUUUCCAGUGGUGAAGUACUCAAAAGAGGUGAAUGUUCAAGGGUUGGGAACAGAAUGUGUUAUAUGUUUGUCAGAGUUUAAAGGUGGAGACAGACUCAGGAUUUUACCAAAAUGCCACCAUGGCAGCUUUCAUGUUAAGUGCAUUGAUAAGUGGCUUAGUUCUCAGUCUUCUUGCCCUAUUUGCAGACAAUCUUUGGUUGACACUUGUCACAAGAUCAUUGGAUGUGAUCAGCAACCAACCUCCUCGCCGCUGCCAUCGUCGUCGUCAUCAAGUGAGAUGGUUGCUAUAAGUAUUGUGCCACCGGAAAGGGAAGAUUUAGCUAGAAAUUUAAGUUGACAAUUAUGAUUUACUAAUCCUUUUAUUUUGUGGGUGUUACUUUGUCAUAAGUUAACAAUUUAAUAGCCAAUUAACAUAUACACUAGGAACUUAAUUGGAAUUUUUUUAUAGAAAAAAGUUUCUAGCUAGCUCUGUAAUCGUACAAAAUAUACAUUUUCUUUCUAAUUAGUUUUUGUUUAAUAUCCAAAAUAUACAAAGAAUUACAGUUUACCA